CGUUAACGUUCUCAUUCUAUCACAAUCAUCUGCACGGUUCAGGCUCCGCUAUGAGGCGAAAUCCCAAACGCAUCUUUUCUCCCUAUGAAAGGGCACUACGUUACUGAUGGCAUCAUGUAUUCUCGAUCCUAUAUAGUGUACUAAGUCUGCGACAGGCUGUAAUUUGGGACGCGGCCCAGCGCUUUGCAUUGCUGUGGGAAAAUGGCGGACAAAACGCCAGGCGGGACGCCGAAGGCCAGCUCCAAGGCUUUGCUGGAAAGUAAACUGAAGGCCUUCAGCAUCGGGAAAAUGGCUGUGGCUAAAAGAACUCUGAGUAAAAAGGAGCAGGAUGAACUGAAGAAGAAGGAGGACGAGAAAGCAGCUGCAGAAAUCUAUGAGGAAUUCCUGGCUGCCUUUGAGGGAGGUGAAGGGCGAGUGAAAACUUUUGUCCGAGGAGGAAUCGCCAACGCUACUAAAGAGGAAGCUACAGUCGAUGAUAAGAGAGGAAAACUUUACAAACCCAAAUCCAAAAUUCUGGAGGCGAAAACAUUUUUACCGCUGGAGACUCCGCCCCAGUUUCUCACCUUAGACAAACGCAACGCUUUAAAGAAAGCGGAGAAAGAGAAGAAAAAGAGCAACCUGGAGCUUUUCAAAGAAGAGCUGAAACAAAUCCAGGAGGAGCGGGAUGAACGCCACCGGAUGAAGGGACGAGUCAGUAGAUUUGAGCCUCUGCCCAACGUGGAGGGAAGACGCUCCUUUUUAGAUGAAUCUGCUCCAGGCUCACAUGAUGUUGGAGAUCCUACAACCACAAACCUGUACCUGGGAAACAUAAACCCUCAGAUGAACGAGGAGAUGUUGUGUCAGGAGUUUGGACGCUACGGGCCGUUGGCGAGUGUGAAGAUCAUGUGGCCCAGGACUGAUGAGGAGAGAGCCCGAGAGAGAAACUGUGGUUUUGUGGCCUUCAUGACGAGGAGAGAUGCAGAACGAGCGCUUAAACACUUAAAUGGAAAAAUGAUAAUGAACUUUGAAAUGAAGCUGGGAUGGGGCAAAGGCGUGCCAAUUCCCCCCCACCCCAUCUACAUCCCUCCAUCCAUGAUGGAGCACACGCUCCCUCCUCCACCUUCUGGUCUGCCCUUCAACGCUCAGCCCAAAGAGAGGCUGAAGAACCCCAACGCCCCCAUGCCCCCACCUCCCAAGAACAAAGACGAGUUCGAGAAGACUCUGUCGCAAGCCAUAGUCAAAGUGGUUAUCCCAACAGAAAGGAAUUUGCUCUCUCUAAUCCACCGGAUGAUCGAGUUUGUGGUGCGUGAAGGUCCUAUGUUUGAGGCCAUGAUCAUGAACAGAGAAAUUAGCAACCCCUUGUACAGGUUUUUAUUUGAGAAUCAGAGCCCGGCUCACGUGUAUUAUCGUUGGAAGUUGUAUUCCAUCCUGCAGGGAGAUUCUCCGACUAAGUGGAGGACGGAGGACUUCAGGUUGUUUAAGAACGGCUCGUUGUGGCGACCGCCUCCUCUGAACCCGUACCUGCACGGCACACCUCAGGAGGAGGAGGAGGAGGAGAAUGAAGAUGAGGAGGAAGAAGGCAUCAAGAAAGGAUCUCUGAAAGACGAUGAGAGAGAUAAACUAGAGGAGAUUCUGCGAGGUCUCACCCCCAGGAGGAGUGACGUUGCGGAGGCCAUGCUGUUCUGUCUCACUCGCGCUGACGCUGCAGAGGAGAUUGUCGAGUGCAUCACAGAGUCUCUGUCCAUCCUGAAAACCCCGCUUCCUAAAAAGAUUGCGAGGUUAUAUUUGGUGUCUGAUGUGUUGUAUAACUCCUCGGCUAAAGUCGCUAACGCCUCCUAUUAUCGGAAAUUCUUUGAGAUUAAACUGUGUCAGAUAUUCUCUGAUCUCAACGCCACCUUUAAGACGAUACAGGGCCACUUACAGUCUGAGAAUUUUAAGCAAAGAGUGAUGUCAUGUUUCCGAGCGUGGGAGGACUGGGCCGUGUAUCCUGAUCCGUUCCUCAUCAAACUCCAGAACAUUUUCCUGGGUCUCGUCAGUCUCGAUCCCGAAAAGGAGGCAGAAGUGUCUGAGCCCACUGAACAGGUUGAGGAUUUGGAUGGUGCCCCCAUCGUGGAAGAGGAGUUGGAUGGAGCACCUUUAGAGGAUGUUGAUGGAACACCAAUCGAUGGAGCUCCACUAGAUGGUGCUGUACUGGACGACCUGGACGGGGUUCCAAUAAAAGGAUCAGAGGAAGAGCUGGACGGCCUUCCUCCUAUAACUACGUCAAAGUGGGAAGUCUUCGAUUUGCCAGAGGAGUCUGAGAAAAGCGGCGAGAGGAAAACACACGAGGGUGAUGUGAAGGAGACUGUGAAGAGUUCCUCGUCAGAACUGCAGUCUCAGCCUGCUAAAGAGGAACAUCAGCAGGACUCUAAAUCGGCCAAACUUUCAGAGAUGAGUGAAGAGAAACGCGCUAAGCUACGGGAGAUUGAGCUCAAAGUGAUGAAGUUUCAGGACGAGCUGGAAUCCGGAAAACGGCCCAAAAAAUCCGGCCAGAGUAUUCAGGAACAGGUGGAGCUGUACAGGGACAAACUACUGCAGAGGGAAAAGGAAAAAGAAGUGGAGAAAGACAAAGAGAAGGAAAAAGAGAAAAAGGACAAAGACAAAUCUGAUGUAACUCAUAAAGAGAAGGAAAAAGAGGACUCCUCGUCCAACAGAAAAGAAAAGAAGCGCAGACACAGUCCGUCUCCCAGUCCGAGUCGCAGCAGCAGUGCCCGCCGUGUCCGAUCUCCAUCACCGCGCUCUGAGCGCUCCGACCGCUCUCACACCAAGGACAGCUCACGCUCCACCUACAGAGACUCGCCCAGAGACAGCAGCCGAAAAUCCUCCAAACGAUCACCUUCUCCCUCCGCCACACCCAAACGCUCCCGCAGGUCCAGAUCACGAACGCCCAAAAAAUCCUCCAAAAAAUCCCGCUCCCGUUCCCGCUCACCACACCGCUCACACAAAAAAUCCAAAAAGAGCAAACACUGAGAAAUGUCUUCAUCUCUUCUGUGCCUCAGUUUCAUCUCGUCAGUGCGUGUAGGAAGCGUCCACAUUUCUCCUCUUCCUCCAUGAGGUUCAAUUCCACAAGCACGCCUACAGUUCCGUGUGAUCAGGGCUCUACACCGGGGUUUAUACCAGCCAGCUCUGCUCAAGUGCUCUCAGAACAAUGUGGUAUUUUUGCUCGUGGUUUUUAGUCCCUGCAAAAAUGACGUAAAUUAAAAUAGUGUAUGUUUCAGUUGUAUAGAUGUUUUGAUUUUCAAUAAAGACACAGCGUAUGUGAACUUUCUUCUGAGACAUGCUGAUUUCUGUAUUUUAUAUGGAACUGAGUUUUUUUUCUUAUCUGAUCAUCACAUUUACUGUGAUGUUACAGUGGACAUUAAAGUGGCUUCCUUUACAGUCAGAGAGUUUGAGGGAGAAAAGAGCCUUGUGAAGGACAGCCGUCUUCAAACUGUCUCUGAUCUGGACACGUGUGCAUUGCUGGUUAUCCACGGUGAAGCCAAUCCCAUAAUUUUGUUCACCAACCAACUCGCAUGUGAUGGCUGCUGAGGUUUUCUUUUAGUCAAAGGAACAGUUUGGGCAAAAAUGAAGUGUUCCUGUGAUUCACACAGGCAUAUAUAAUGCACUAUGCUGAACUGGUGGCUAUAAAAGUGCUGAUUACUUUUCUCUCCAUUAUCCAUGUAGCUCCAGUGCACAUUUAAUCAAGCAAACUUCUCAUACUGAACAUGUCCAAGCUGAUCCACCAUAUCUUGAGUAAAGGCGAACACUUCACUUUUUGCUAAACUGUUCCUUUAGCAGGCUGUGAACAUUAUUAUUAUUUUUUAAUAUUACCUGUAAUAUGAUUUUUUGUGUGUAUGAGAAUUCUUUUGAAAGCAGCAGGAUAGUUUUAAGCUCGCUCUCUCCCCCCAGAACUGCAAAAAUGCAACAGCAUAUUAAUGUUUUAAGUUUUAAAGACUGUUGAGGACAUGAUGUGGUGUAAAAAAAAAAAAAAAAAAAGUGGACUCUUUUUGAAGCUGAAGCUGCUUUAGUCUUUAAUUUCUGACUUUCCACUUGCAGAGUUAAAUUUAGGAGAUUCAGGCUGACAUUUAUAGACCUACUACUUCCACAUGAGGGGGGGUUGGAUUAAAACACUUCUUUCACAUGGACAGUGAAACCAACCAAAAACAUGUAAACCUCUGUAAUAAUUAUUGUAAUUUGGACAAAGGUGGUUUGAUUUCCAGUUCUCUAACAAUACAAAAAAAGAGACCCAUGCUGUUAUUGAACUGAAUAACUGAGUCUGGGGUGUUUGAAUGUACAUUAGAUUAUCAUUAACUUUUGUUUUUAUGGCAGUAGAUUCGUUACUUAUUUAUUAAUUUCCAUGUCUCUUCAUUAAAGACACUGAUUAUAGUUACUAUAAUUA